AUGUCUGCCGACGUGCUUUCCAAUGGUCAACCACAUGCUUCACGCAUGAAAAGAAGCCUAUCCAAGGACGACGAAACCAACGGCUUCCUUUCUAGCAUUUUUUCUGCGGCUCAAAAUGCAGCUACAAUUAUAGGGGCGAAGUCCGAUGAUGAGGAUGAUGAGAAGCGGCUGAAUUUCAGGCUGAAAUUCAAUUUGGAUAUUUCCCCAUAUCAAAGUCCUCUGGAACCCGCGGAGGUAAACAAAAGUGCAUUGAGCUCGAUACCCGUAGCGUCUACAAAAAUGAGCACAGAUACGGAUUUGGCAGCUACGGACUCACUUCUGGCUUCCGUGGUCCAGUUUUCUUCGGUGCGGGAUUCACCUGUGAAUGCCAUGGGCGAUGGCAACUUGACUCUACAGCACUUUGAUGAGAAAGAGGCCAAUUCAAAGACCGUGGGAACACCACAAUUGGAAGUCAAUGGCAAGGCCAUGGAGGAAGCGAACCGGUCUAUUACGAUCACGGGAAACAACGACAACCAGGUUGUUCGCAGAAGAUCGUUUUCCAGAAGUAGUAUCAAUGAUGUUAGCCGUGAAAACUCAGAUGAGGAUGAUGGAGAUAUUUUGGUAGAGAACAUGGAGGAUGAUGUUCGCAGUGAGGCAGAUGAAAAUGAUGAUGAUGCUCUGUACGAUUUGGAACACAUGCUUGACUCUGCAUCAAUUACCGAGGCAAGCACGAAGAAAAACAAGGAGUUUCACGCUACAUUUCGCCAUAUACCCGCAUCAGAACACUUGAUUGGGGCGUACUCGUGUGCAUUGUCAAAAGACAUAUUGGUGCAAGGUAGGUUGUACUUAUCACCAAAUUUUUUGUGCUUUAAUUCGAACAUUCUUGGCUGGGUCACAAACCUUAUCAUUCCUUUCCGGGAAGUCAUUCAGAUUGAAAAGAAGUCUACGGCUGUACUUUUUCCAAAUGGUAUUGUCAUCCGUACAUUACAUCAGAAGUAUGUGUUUGCAAGCUUCAUGUCACGCGACACAACAUUCAAUUUAAUUAUGAAAAUAUGGCACAAUUUUCUUCAGCAAACCAUCACCGAGGAGAAUGGCUCUAUACGAAGGUCAAAUACAAUAUCUCGUGGCCGACCAAGAAACUCUAAAUACACUGCAGACGAGAAUGCUCUGACCAAUGACAAUGCCACCAAGGCAGAACUGGAUUCCAUUGCUGCCACAGAUAGCACAUCGGAAGAUGCACUUUCACGUCAACCGACGAGAUCUAAUUCGAAAAGAAAACCCAAGGCUAAUGAGAGCUCGGACACCUCAAGUAAACUUGAACUACCACUAAGUGAAGAGGAACUUAGUGAUGAUACUGAGAAGGAUGGUGAUGAUAAAUCAAAAGCCGAUUCAAAGGGAUCAAAGUUUGGUAACAUUCCUAAUCCAGGCCCCGCAACACAUGAACCGACAUCGAAUGGUUACGUGAAAGACGCUAAUGACGUUGACAUUAUCGAGCAUACAUUCAAAGCACCUUUGGGAGUCGUAUUUACGAUUUUAUUUGGGUCAGAUAACUCACAUUUUGUCAAAAUUUUGAAAUCACAGAAGAACUUUGAUAUUGAAACGUCGAAAAUUACUGGUCUUUCAACGACUAACAAGGAACGUAAUUACAGCUACAUUAAACCUUUAUCCGGGUCUAUUGGUCCAAAACAAACAAAGUGUCUCGUCACUGAUACGUUGAAAGUAUGUGAUUUUUCGAAAGCAGUUGAAGUUGAACAGACGACAUCUACACCAGACGUCCCUUCGGGGAAUUCUUUCAAAGUCUUGACGAAGAUUUUUUUCAAUUGGGGUUCAAAUAACUGCACGAAAAUGAAAGUUGUAACGGUCGUGGAAUGGAGUGCUCGUUCUUGGAUCAAAGGUCCUGUGGAGAGGGGAAGUAUCGACGGACAAAAAGAUUUCAUGAAGGGUUUAGUCAGCACCGUCACCGAAAUAAUUAACACCGAAAGUCAAGCUGGCACAACCAAAACAAAAAGAAAGAAAGCAAAAUCGAUCAGCAUCCCAAUGGAACCAAAGGACGAACCGGUUCCAGAACCCCCCAAAGAACUCACUCUUGGUGAGCAGUUAUCCAGUCUCCUUGAGAGUAUUGGAAAGCUGCUUCCAUUUGAAAUUCCUAUGAUAAACCAUACGCUCUCGGGAGGAAUAGUCGUUCUAUUGGCGUCCUUUGCAUACUCAUUCAUAUUGGUUUGGUUACUAGGGGGUAAUGCCAGCAAAGUAAGUGUUGAUUUACCUUCCGAGGAUUCAGGUUCCAGAGUGGUUUAUCUCAACGACAAAAAAUACUUUCUCAUGCCAUCUCUGGAUACUUAUUUGACGAAUGCAAAACGCAGAGCUAAAAGUGAAGUGAAGAUGUGGAAAUCAAUACGUGCAAAUGAGGACAGGGCAAGCAAGUAUGAAGACCCGGAGUUGGAAGAGGUGGUAAAGCUUGCCAGGGAGAAAAUGGAGCACAUAUACCAUCAGUUGAACAUUUAG